UAUAAAAUAGAAUGUUCCCUUGUCGUUCGUAUUAGAAGAUUUCUUAAAACAUUUUAAAAGCCGGAUAUUAAAGAGAACAUUCAAAAAUAACAUUUUCAUAAACGUUCUUAGAACUUAUUUUUGUUAGCUGGGUCUUCAAGUGCAAAUUUAUCGUAUUUCCUUAAGAGGUUAAAACAGUUUGAACAAGUUAUUAUGGACAAACUGAGUUAUGCGAGGAAUAAUAAAUGUCCUGUUGAGUAUUUGAUGCAGAUGAAUUAUUUAAUCUAGGUAUCCAUCAACACAUUUAGGAUCUGUUUAACACUCCUAAUCUGUCAGUAAUGAAAGCCACUUUGUUUUUUUUUUACUCAAAAACCUAUGGAUUUUUCUCAUGCAGUGCUGAUAAGAAAAAACAUUAAAACCGACUAGCCCUGAAUGAGGAAGUGCACAGCCGAAGGCAGAAGUAGAAGGUAGAAGGUGUAUUGAGUGGUUUUGUCUUGGAUACACACCCAGUUCAUACACAUACUGUGUCUCCAGAAGCGCGUUCACUACAGUUCUGUGAAGCGCGCGCACGCGAGAGAGAGCGAGAGACGCGCUGCAGCGGCUCGGAACAUCUUCACCCGGCGUGAUUCAUCUUCAAGUGUUCAUCUCUCGCUGUCAUCAUGGCCUCGAUCUCGGAGUGGUACGCAGGGAAGAACGUGCUGAUCACCGGAGCCACGGGCUUCAUGGGGAAGGUGCUGAUGGAGAAACUACUGCGCUCCUGUCCAGACCUCAAGGCCCUCUACAUCCUCGUCCGGCCCAAAGCGGGUCAGUCCAUGUCUGAGCGCGUCCAGGACAUGAUGAAGUGUAAGCUGUUCGACCGCGUGCGUGAGGAUAAUCCAGACUUUCAUCAGAAGAUCGUCCCCAUCAGCAGCGAGCUCACUCAGCCCGGCCUGGCCAUAAGUCCAGAGGAUGUACAAACACUCACUUCCUGUAUACACAUCGUCUUCCACUGCGCCGCCACCAUCCGCUUCGACGAGCCCCUGAAGCAUGCGCUGCAGCUGAACGUCAUCUCCACGCAGCAGCUCCUCUCUCUGGCGCAGCAGAUGCAUCACCUGCAGGCCUUCAUCCACAUCUCCACCGCCUACGCCAACUGCAACCGCAGACACAUCGACGAGGUCAUCUACCCUCCUCCGGUCGAGCCCAAGAAACUCAUCGACUCUCUGGAGUGGAUGGAUGACAGUAUGGUCUGUGACCUCACACCCCGUCUGAUCGGUGACCGGCCGAACACUUACACCUACACCAAAGCGCUGGCCGAGUGCGUGGUGCAGCAGGAGAGCAGCAGACUCAACAUCGCCAUCAUACGGCCGUCCAUCGUGGGAGCCAGCUGGCAGGAGCCGUUCCCCGGUUGGAUCGACAACUUUAAUGGACCGAGUGGUAUUUUCAUUGCUGCUGGGAAGGGCAUCCUGCGCACCAUGAGAGCCAGUAAUGACGCGGUGGCCGAUCUGAUUCCUGUAGACGUGGUGAUAAACCUGAUGCUGGCGGCCGGCUGGUACACCGCGGUGCACAGACCGAAAACUGUGCUUGUGUACAACUGCACCACCGGAGGCAUUAACCCUUUCCACUGGGGCGAGAUCGAGCAUCACGUGAUGUCCACGUUCAAGAGGAAUCCUCUGGAGCAGGCUUUCCGUCGGCCAAACGCCAACAUCACGUCCAAUUACCUGAUCAACCAGUACUGGACCCUCGUGAGCCACAAGUUCCCUGCGCUCCUCUAUGACCUGAUCCUGCGACUGUCCGGACAGAAACCUCAGAUGAUGCGUAUUUUCAACCGUCUGCACAAAGCCAUCGGUCUGCUGCAGUACUUCAGCAGUCAGGACUGGGAGUGGAACUCAGACAACAUGAACAUGCUGAUGAACCAGCUGAGCGCCGAGGACAGGAGGACCUUCAACUUUGACGUCCGCCAGCUGAACUGGCCCGAGUACAUCGAGAACUACUGUAUCGGCACCAAGAAGUACGUUCUGAACGAGGACAUGUCUGACAUCCCGGCCGCCAGACAGCACCUGAGGAAGCUGAGAAACAUCCGAUACACGUUCAACACGCUGCUGCUGGUCUUCAUCUGGCGCGUCUUCAUCGCUCGCUCUCAGAUGGCCAGGAACAUCUGGUACUUCGUCGUGAGUUUGUGCUUCAAGUUCCUGUCCUACUUCAGGGCUUCCAGCACUCUGACCCAAUGACCGGAGCGACAGGAAGUGUGUGUCCUUGUCCUCCAAGCACUUCCUCUUCCAGAGACGUCUUCAGCCGUUCUCACUAAAACACACACACACACACACAGGUGUUACUUCAGCUUUCCUUACCAACUGCUCAUCGCACUCCAUUCCUCCAUAUCAUGUUUUUAAAGAUGUCCUUUUUUAUAAUGACUAUGAUGAACAAUGAUUAUAUAUGCAAUGCAUUUUACAAUAUUUCUCUUUUACAUUCUCAUCGCCAUCCAAAAUCCAGAGACACUGCCUUUGUGUCUCCUGAGGAUUUUAGCCUUCUCGACUCCAGACUUCUCUUUGUGAGCGUGUGUUUGUCUUUUAAUGGUUCUGAUACCAUG